AUGAUGAAAUUUGUAUCUUGUAGAGUUGUUGCAUUAAAUUCUUCAAUACAUGUUUCAGAUGAUAAAUGUCUUUUCAAUAUACAUUACAACUUAGAACAAAAUUUAAAUGUUAGUAUUCAAUUAGCAUGUGUUGUUGAUGAAGAAAGUGGUGCUUGUUCAUCAAUUGGUGUUCGUUAUUUAUUAGAUAGAAAGUUAAUUUCGGGCUCUGGUGCUAUCUAUGUCUAUCCAGGUACAAAUGUUACUAUUGGCCAUCGAGGACUAUUAAGAUUAGAAAUUAACGUCGAGGGUGAAAAUGUUCAUACUGGAAGCAUAGAAUGGAAUAGUAAAAUGAAAGGAGCUAAUGCGUCAACUGCUUUAGCUCGAAUUUUAAUAGCAUUGGAAGAUCAUGCGUGGAGCAACGAUAAAGAUCCAUCUUUUCCAGAUUUAACAUUGACUGUAACUCCAGGUACGAUCUUUAAUGGCGGUGGUUUUGCAUCAGUCGUUCCGUCGAAUGCUUCGGCUAUGAUUGACAUUCGUCUAAUGCCAUCGACAUCUGUUGAUGAUAUUUUGAAAAAAAUUGAAGAUAUUAUGGAAAAUAUAAUUAAUGAAAGAAAUGAAUUUUAUCGUAAAAUUUCACUUAGUUCAACUUCAUCUGCACGAUUAUCAGCCUCUAUUACAAUUAAAAAUCAAUUACCAGCUGCAACAAUUGAUUCAAAUCAUUCGUUAGUUCUCUCUUGUGUCAAUGCAGUUAAAAAGAUACUCAACAUUAUGCCUACAACCAAUGGAUGUGGUCCAGCUAACGAAGGAUACAUGUUAAUUGGGAGUGGUAUUCCAAAAAUUUGUGGGUUUGGGCCAAUUGGAGGCAAUGUUCAUGGAGUAGACGAGUGGAUAUCAGUUCCAUCAAUGGCUCAAACGGUUGAUAUUUACGUUGAUAUUGUCUCUAAUUAUUGUCAGUUAUUCGGAUAA